AUGAGACAAUUAUUGUCUCUACGUCGUUCAUUAGUAUCAAUACGAUUCUCUUCGUAUUCCGUAUCAUCAGGAGCAACGGUGAGCCAUGACUGGCCAAAUCCACCUGUGCCUGCUGAAAAUGUUGAUGUUACAAUUGCAGGAGGUGGACUCGUUGGAAGUGCCAUGGCACUCGCCUUUGCGGCAUCUCCAUUCUUCAAAAACCGUAAAAUAGUCCUUUUGGAAUCUCAAUCCAAGUUACCGAACGUUUCCAAAAAUCAACCGUACAGUAAUCGUGUUUGUGCUCUAAACACUCAAUCAGUCAAUCUGUUUCGAAAACUGGGCGCAUGGGAUUUGAUGAAAUCGGUUCGUGUUCAAAAAGUAUCUCGCAUGCAGUUACAAGACGAGAAAGUAAAUCUUCAAACAGGACUAUUGAUUGCAGCUGAUGGGUAUCAGUCAAGUAUUCGUGAGAUGGCGGGGAUUUCAACAAUUCAAUGGAACUACGAUCAAUUCGGUAUUGUCGCAACCUUACAAUUAGCAGAUAAUACGCCAGAUAACGUUGUUGCCUGGCAAAGAUUUUUACCUACAGGUCCAAUCGCUUGUCUACCGUUAAGUAAUACACACAGUUCGCUGGUAUGGACAGUACCAAAGUCGAUGCAUAAGUCAAUGAUGAACUUAACCGAUGAGCAAUUUGUUGAUGAAAUUAAUAAAGCUUUUACAUCUGAUACUUACAAGCAAGAUGUGGUUGUUUCGAUGACAGAUCGUUUACGAUCGUAUUGGCAACAAAUUAUACCAGCUUCACCAACGAUAUCCCAAUGGCCACCAACGAUCAUCAAUAUCGAACCGAGGUCCAGAGCUGCUUUUCCUUUAUCGCUGCUCAAUGCAAAUCAAUACGUUCGUCCACGUCUAGCACUAGUCGGAGAUUCAGCACAUCGUAUUCAUCCGAUGGCUGGUCAAGGAGUAAAUAUGGGUUUUGGUGAUGUCGAAUGUCUCGUUAAAGUACUCGAACAAGCUGUUCGAGAUGGUGCUGAUUUUAAUUCUUUAACUUAUCUGGUCGAUUACGAACGACAGCGUCAAGCUCAAUGUUUAGCUAGAUUACUAUCCAUUGAUGCAUUGAACCGUUUGUAUUCAACGAAAUUCACACCAGUUGUUGCACUUCGAAGUAUCGGUCUUAGUUUUGUCAAUGAAUUUUCGCCAUUUAAAAAAUUUUUUGCAAAACAAGCGGCAUCAAGUACUUCAUGA